AUGCGUCUCCGUUACUCCCUUUUUGUGAUCUUAUUCUCUCUGAUUGCAUUCCAAGGAUUUGCCAAGAAGUCCGGAGACGUGUCGGAGCUUCAGAUCGGAGUCAAGUAUAAGCCAAAAACGUGUGAAACUAAAGCUCACAAAGGUGACAAGAUCAAGGUGCACUACAGGGGGAAACUCACCGAUGGAACUGUAUUCGAUUCGAGCUUUGAAAGAGGAGAUCCGUUCGAGUUUGUAUUAGGAAGUGGUCAGGUUAUCAAAGGUUGGGAUCAAGGAUUGCUAGGUGCGUGUGUAGGUGAGAAGCGGAAGUUAAAGAUACCUGCUAAACUUGGCUAUGGAGAACAAGGCUCUCCCCCUACUAUUCCCGGUGGUGCAACGCUGAUCUUUGACACAGAGCUUGUUGCUGUAAAUGAAAAACCAUCUGGUGGAGAAGAAGACGGAGAAGAUGCAGGAGAAGAUGGAGAUGAUGAGCUCUGA